AUGGCUACAGAACCCAAUAAGAAAUUGUCAAUUGCAUUUAUUCAUCCAGAUCUGGGGAUCGGUGGUGCUGAAAGAUUAGUGGUGGACGCCGCUUUAGGUUUACAAGAGCAAGGUAAUGAAGUCAUCUUUUAUACGAGCCAUUGUGAUAAGAACCAUUGUUUUGAAGAAAUUAAAGAUGGUACUCUAAAGUUUCAGGUCAUUGGUGAUCAAUUACCAACGACAUUAGGUGGUAAAUUUUACAUUGUUUUUGCCAACUUAAGACAACUUUAUUUGACGUUUAAGCUAUUGUUCACUAAAGAGGCCAAGAAGCACGAUGUCUUUAUUGUUGAUCAAUUGUCAACAUGCGUUCCCUUUUUACACAAGUAUACAACCGCUGAUAUUCUAUUUUAUUGUCAUUUCCCCGAUCAAUUAUUAGCGUCAAGAACAAAUAUAAUCAAGAAAUUAUAUCGUGUUCCCUUUGAUCUACUUGAGCAAUUCACAAUCAGUGCGGCUGAUAUGGUUGUGGUGAAUUCUAACUUUACCAAAUCAAUGUAUUACAGUGCGUUUAAUCUUUUGCAAAACGAACCUGAUGUCGUGUAUCCAUGUGUAGAUCUAGAUUUUUCACCAAUCGACCAAAGAGAUAAACAGUUAUUGGGUCAUUUAUUGGCACCUAAUGAUAAAUUCUAUUUGAGUAUUAAUAGAUAUGAACUGAAGAAAAACAUUGUUCUUGCGUUAAAGGCCUUUGCGCUUUCCAAUGAAUUCAGCAACGAUAACGCUAAACUGAUCAUAUGUGGUGGUUAUGAUGAACGUGUGAGUGAAAAUGUUCAAUGCUUAAAGCAACUACAGAGAGAAGCUGAAUGUCUAAAAAUAUCUUACUCCACGAUUAAUUAUCCAGAAUUUGAAAAGAAUAAUGAUUUGGAUCUCUUCAAUACAACACAUAGUAAAGUAAUAUUUUUGACUUCAAUUUCUACAUCUUUAAAGGAAUUAUUAUUAAGCAAGACAGAAUUAUUACUGUAUACACCAUCUAAUGAGCAUUUCGGUAUUGUCCCAUUGGAGGCUAUGAAACAUGGAAAGCCUGUAUUGGCUACCACUAGCGGGGGUCCAUUGGAAACAGUGGAGACUUUAAUACCUGGUAAGAAUGAUAACAUUGCCACUGGCUGGUUAAGAGCACCAAUUCCGGAAGUAUGGGCAAAGGUAAUUGAUGAAAGUAAAAGAUACAAAGAAGGGGGUAAAUCAAAAUUUGAAAAUAGUGGCCCUAGUAGAGUUUCUAGAAUUUUUUCUCGUAGAACAAUGACCAGAUCUUUGGAAGAUAUCAUCGAUAAAAUGUUAUGGAGAAAGAGAACGGUUUAUCCAUGGGAAACUGUCAUCGGUCCUUUUUUCAAUUUGAUGUUACAAUUCAUUUUUACUAAAUUAUUCCCAGGGUCUAACUGGCCUUACAUUUUGUUGGCAACAGUCGCUCUUCUCAUGAAAGAUUAUAUGUCACUCAUCUAUUGGGUAUUUGCAUACUCCACCUUAAAUUUCUUCAUAGAGUAA